CACCCCAUGGCAAGACACACACAAUCAAGGAUCUCCACACAUCACUGAAACUAAACCACACGUGACAACAGAGGCAUGCGAUGUUGGUCUAUUUGAGAGCAGGGACGCUUGUCGGCAUUUAAUUUACCACGGCUCUAGAACGUUAGUUGGCCAGAAUUAGGGCACUGAGCUCAGGAGUAAAACUAUUCUGCAGAGGCAUCAGAACAGCAGUCGUCUUCUACAACACUGUUGGGUUUUAAUCGCUGCUUGUGCACUUUACUUGAAGCAUUUCAUGGAAUUGUCACAUGUCUACAACGUAGUUCGUCUUCAUGGACGACUAUGAUGUGGACAUGGACGAGGAAGAAGAGGGAGACUUAUUCAUGAGAAAGGCCACAGCAGGCCACUGGUGGGAGGACUGUGGUGGUGAUGGCAACUGUGAUAUACAUCACCAGAGAGGGGGGAGAGGCUGCAUGGUAAACAGCCGCAGCUGGGCCGAGGAGCUCCAGGAUAUCUUUACACCACAGGCUGUAGACUGUUACAGCGGAGGGCGAAGCAGAAUCUCCAGCAUCUCUGCCCAGAGAAACGAGAGAGAGUCCAUCAGGCAGAAACUUGCCCUUGGCAGUUUCUAUGACGACGAGCCUGUCAUCUACACCAGCUGCAGCAAGAACGGCCCAUCCUCCCGCAACAGUGACAAAGACAGCGAUGCGGAGGACAGCAGAACAGAGACCAGUCUGGACACGCCGCUGUCACCUGUGAGCAAGCAGAGCUCGUCGUUGUCAGACCGGGACACGGCAGAGGAGGACUCGGACCCAUUAGAUGACUGCAGCGGGUUCUGGCGGGUGCAGCGGAGACUGCAGGAGGAGGCCAGGGUGGCGUUGGCCCUAGCUCGACCCAUGGCCCGCAUGCAGGUGGAGGUGGAGAGGCAGAUACAGCUGCACAGACGCUCACCUGUGGCUGACAUGCUUCCCCAUUUGCCUCACAUCAGUGAGUGCUUGAUGAAGAGGAAUUUGAGGCGGGGGGACAUGAGGGACAUGAGUCUCGGACAGCUGCAAGUCAUCACAAAUGACCUACACUCACAGAUCCAGAGUUUGAAUGAAGAGCUGGUGCAGUUGCUGCUAAUGAGGGAUGAGCUGCAUGUGGAGCAGGACGCCAUGCUGGUGGACAUAGAGGACCUCACCAGGCACGCUCACAGCCACCAUCGGCAGCAGGCAGACAAAGCCAUCUCUAAAUAAACACAUGGCCCGGUUCCUCACGUGUCCGUCUGCACGUCAUCCAACCCGCAUCGCUCCAUGGACCGUCACCAGUGUUACUUAUGAAACUCCAUCUGUGCUGACUGUUUCUGAAGAGCUGAUAUAAUAUGUGUUGUCAGGAUGUUGUCACAGGCCAGAGGGGGGAGGGGGGCUGCUUUCAGUAUGAACACACCUGAGUUUAGGGUUUGUGCAGGCUUCUCACUUCCACCUCGGCAUGAUUAACCAGAGCAUAUUUCACAGAUGUAGGGGAAACACUUUGACCUCAUUCCAUCCCCAACACUGAUUUACCUCUUUAUGACUUUUGCACAGUACACUCAUGUACAUGUAUGUUAGUGCAGUAAGUAGAGGAAACGCCUGCACACUUUAUUUCUCACUUCUCUCAGAAAGGAUAAUGACUUUCAGGGACAUGAAGAUCAGUUGGACUUUGUAUUACCUUUGUCUCUAUAGUGAUCACAGAGAUUUAUCCAUUCUUGUCAAUGUAUUCACUUCUUUCUUUCACUAGAAGCACUGUCAUCACUUUUUAAUUCACUAUUAAACAUCUAUUGUCUGAGCUGUUGCAACAGAAAGGAUGAACAUUUGCAGCUUGUAGCGUCACCGGUCGUCUAAAUGCUUCACAGAAGUUUCUAGCUUUAAAUGCUGUGUGCAAUAAGAGACACAUUAAGAGAAACCUUUUUUGACUUAUAUUUAAAAUGUAUAUUUGUCAAAUUUGGCGAUACUUGAUACAAUCGACAAAAUGAAGAGAUGUCGGUUAAAAAUAAUUUGGGUUGAAAUGAGGCAGAAGGGAAGACAUGUUGACAUGAACGACCUCCAAAUUGAAAAAAUAUGCAAUGUGAUGGUUGUUAAGCUGAAUUUACCAAUGCGACAAAAGGAAGUUUAAGAUCAAAUACUAAUUAUAAAUGAUAGUCUAUAUCUAUUUUAUCUGUUUACAAUGUUUAUGGACACGCAGUAUGUAAAUGUCAAAAGACUAAAAGGAUGAAGGACAAGCCCUGUGUGUGUUUAGGAGCUUUUUAAGAAUGUCAGUUAACACAAACUUUCUUUUUCUUUUGUUUGCUCCAUUGAUCAAUGUACUGUAUAAUGAUUGUAUAAAAAGAUCCAUUAAUAAACGCUUCAAUGGUGUGAA